AUGGUAGGAUACAAAUUUUCUAAAUUCGUAAUUGCGUUCUUGGCCUUCGUCCAGAUUAUUGCGGUAGAUGAUGUCCUAGGGGCUGAUCUCACGCAGCAGAAGGAACUGAAGGGCCGCAUGCCUACUCCUUGCGGUUUUGAUGAGCUCACUGAUCAACUGCGUGAUACUCUGCCUGAUGACAUUGCUACGGAAGUUGCAAAACAUCUAGCCAGCGACGGCACUGCGCCAUUGCCUGAAGACCUUGAGAGAUCCGUGUCGCUGCACCUUAAUCGCAAACUGUUUUCCGAGAUACCUCGCAAGAUUUCCAAGGCAUUUUGUUUACCCCCGCAAAACAGCAAGUUGCCUCUCGAACAUCUCGAUCAUAUCCUUGAGCAUCUCGCCAAGUCCUACGAGAAGAAUAACGUGGAUGGGCGUAUAAGGAAGCUAUUUAAUGAUACAGUCAACAGAUAUGGUAGAGGUAUGAUUGGACCUGUAGAUUGGGAAGAUGCUAAGAGGCACCUCCGAGAACGAAUGGGAUUACCAUCGCUUGACAGCCCUGUCAUGAAUGCAAGUAUUAAGACAGAUAUUGAAGGUGAUGAUGACGACGCACCGACGAUCCCCGGUGAUGAUGAACUUGCUGAUGACGGUGACUUUGAAGAUCAGGAGCUAUGUCUGGAGGGUGAUGAAAAAGCAUCAUCUGAGGAAGAGGCUGAAGAAAUCGAGCCCGCAUCCCACUCUAAGCCGUCUGCAGUUAGCAUGGAGAUUAAAAUUGGUGAGGCCUACAAGCCACAAAAAUCUUGCUUGUCUAGCGGUGAAAUUGAGAUUGACGACUCGGUUAUUAAACUUGGUAAGGAGCGUUUCAAACACAUCCUUCGUCGCCUUACCGAAUUUUACUCUGAGCAAGUUUUGUAUAAACCAUAUGUAAAAAUGGUGCAGGGAAUGAAAAAUAGGCGUAGCAUCGUCUUGCCCAUAAAUAUUGCUGUUAAACUCGCUAACGUGAAACCCGGCAUGCUGCCUGAACAAUUGAUACGUCACCUCUGCCGCUACCUCUCCGAAGUAUUAUUGAAGGAACACAGAGCGGACCUUCCUGAAGCUGACAGGAGCAGAAAGGAUUAUAUUAUUCGUAGCAAUCUCUGGAAUUACGUUUAUAAGGCGCUGACAUGCCCUUGGUGGGUGGGAACAGAAUAA